CAUGUCCCGUCGUCCGCCGAACGGGCCGAGCACCGAGGUUUCAUGCUGGUGGGCCGAGGACCCAGUGAAAACCGGCCGCCCAGGGUGUAAAUAUCUGAGCGCCCUCUAUUUUGUCGCAUGUUUGGUGACGUCCAAUAAUCGACUUGUUCUGAAGUCUCCGGGGCCGAGGCCUAGGGACUUUUUGUAGCGCACGUUAUUAAAAUUUGCAGUCGAUGCCUACAUUUCGGUGUCCGUUUGACCGGGUGUGAGCCGAUGAAGCACUUUAUCCUGUGAUUAACGCACAGACGGUCGGUAACGUUAGCCAGCUAGCUGAAGCUCCUGCUAACUGCCAGCGAGGAAGUGAGGAACGAAAAAAUGACAUCUCGGAGGUGGUUUCACCCCAACAUCACAGGUGUGGAGGCUGAAAACCUCCUGCUGACUCGAGGGGUGGAUGGGAGCUUUUUAGCCAGGCCAAGUAAGAGUAAUCCAGGAGACUUUACGCUCUCAGUUCGACGAAAUGGAGCUGUCACCCAUAUUAAGAUCCAAAACACAGGAGACUACUAUGACCUUUAUGGUGGGGAGAAGUUUGCCACUCUGGCUGAACUGGUGCAGUAUUACAUGGAGCAUCACGGGCAACUGAAAGAGAAAAAUGGAGAUGUUAUUGAGCUCAAGUAUCCACUCAACUGUGCAGACCCCACCUCAGAAAGGUGGUUCCACGGACAUCUGUCGGGCAGGGAGGCAGAAAAGCUGCUGACAGAGAAGGGGAAGAACGGCAGCUUCCUGGUGAGAGAGAGCCAGAGCCAUCCUGGGGAUUUUGUUCUGUCAGUCCGAACUGGAGAUGACAAGACGGACAGCAGCGACAGCAAACCCAAAGUCACUCAUGUCAUGAUCCGUUGCCAGCAUGACCUGAAGUACGACGUGGGAGGAGGGGAGAAGUUCGACUCCCUCACUGACUUGGUAGAGCACUACAAAAAGAACCCCAUGGUAGAAACUCUGGGCACUGUGCUGCAGCUCAAACAGCCCCUGAACACUACUCGCAUCAACGCAGCAGAAAUUGAAAGUCGUGUUAGGGAGCUCAGUAAACUCGCAGAGGCCACUGACAAGGUCAAACAGGGCUUCUGGGAAGAAUUUGAGACCUUGCAGCAACAAGAGUGCAAGCUGCUCUACAGUCGCAAAGAAGGCCAGAGAGCAGAGAACAAAAACAAGAACAGAUACAAGAACAUUCUGCCUUUCGACCACACACGUGUAGUGCUGAAUGAUGGGGACCCAAAUGAGCCUGGCUCUGACUAUAUCAACGCCAAUAUCAUCAUGGUAAUGUCUGCUGCCAUGCCGGAGCUGGACUCAAAGUGUAACAGUACUAAGGUGAAGAAGUCCUACAUUGCCACUCAGGGCUGUCUGCAGAACACCAUCAGUGACUUCUGGAGGAUGGUGUUUCAGGAAAACUCUCGUGUUAUUGUUAUGACUACGAAAGAGGUGGAAAGAGGAAAGAGUAAGUGUGUUAAGUAUUGGCCAGACAUGUCGGCUCUGAAGGAGUAUGGAGCCAUGCGUGUUCGCAAUGUUAGAGAGACGGCAGCACAUGACUACAUCUUAAGAGAACUCAAACUGUCUAAAGUCGGACAGGGUAACACAGAACGUACAGUUUGGCAGUACCACUUCAGGGCAUGGCCGGACCAUGGAGUCCCCACUGACCCAGGUGGUGUGCUGGACUUUUUAGAAGAGGUCAACCUGAAACAGGAGAGCAUUCUGGACGCUGGACCUAUAGCGGUACACUGCAGUGCAGGGAUUGGGAGGACAGGAACGUUCAUAGUGAUCGACAUUCUCAUAGAUGUGAUCAGAGAAAAAGGGGUAGAUUGUGACAUUGACGUUCCAAAGACCAUCCAGAUGGUUCGAUCUCUGCGCUCUGGGAUGGUGCAGACUGAGGCUCAGUACAGGUUCAUCUAUAUGGCCGUACAGCACUACAUCGAAACAUUGCAGAGACGCAUAGAGGAAGAACAGAAAAGUAAGAUUAAAGGGCGUGAGUACACCAACAUUAAGUACUCUUUGUCUGACCUGACGGGAGGAGAGCAGAGCCCACUUCCCCCUUGCACUCCUAUUCCCACUCCCACUUGCACAGAGAUGAGGGAGGACAGCUCCAGAGUGUAUGAGAACGUCGGUCUGAUGCAGCAGCAAAAGAGCUACAGAUGAGAUUCACCUUUAACUCCAGUGCUCUAUCAAUUCCAGGAUCUUGAUACCUGACAGUUUUUUUGCCAGCCACACCUUGACGCCUGAGACUUGACCAUAAAGACAUGGAACAAUGGAUAAAAACAAUACGAGACCAGACACCAGGGUCCUCCUCUUGUUGCUCAUUCUACGUGAACAUUUGCCCGCUAGUUGAAUUCUAAACCACUGUGAUCAUCAGAAGAGCCUUUGAGAAGCCUAACACGCUAAGUCCCCUACUAAACCACAGUCUGGGUUUAGCUUCGUAAAACUCAUCCCAACAAGGGCUGCAAACAGCGAGCACUCUUAUUCAGAGGGAAAAAUCUAGCUAACCUUUGCUCAUUUUUUUUUCUUUUUAUAUGCAUUUUUUUUAAUUAACCAAAGGAUAACUAUGUAGAUUGUUUGUAGAUUGAAGUGAGGAGUUGGGAAAAAGGCCUGUGCCAAAACCAGAAAUAAUGUAAUCCACAUUCUUAGCCAUUUAAAAGUCUCUGUUUGGGUUGUUAAGCCUUUAAAGCAGUGCGAGACGAGACCUUAUUUGUGGACAAAAUUUCCUGUGACUAUUGUCUAGUUUCACUGUGUCAUGUUGCGUAAAGUUUCUAAAUGAAGAAGUAUUGGCAUUGUAGUAUGUAUUACCAUAUUUACUGUGAUUCGUAAUCCACCUCUAAAGACGAAUUCCCCCCUUUUUUUGCGCAAGAACGGCCUCAAAGAGACACUUUUAUUCAGGUUGUUCGCAGUGUGAAUUAACUUUUUGAGUUCAUAUGGGAUUAAUAUGUGUGGCUUUCAUUGGGAUACACGGUAUGUGUUCGUUUAACCAUUCCUGAGCUCAAGCCGAAUGUCCUUAAUGCUGUAUAUUCUUCAAUGGCAUAACAGUUACAGUCAAGCCUUGAUUCACCUGGUGGAUUUAUUAAUAAUCUAAUCUGGGGUUUAAAGAGGAGGUUCCAGAGGGGGAGCAGCACAUGUUAGGUUUAACCUCCCCUUCAUGCCUGCACUCUGUCACAACCAGUAUGAUGACGACAUGUUAAGACUUCAGGGGAGUCAUUUGUGUAACUCAGUUGAAUUGCAGGCAUCACCGCAGAUGUACGGCUGCCAAAAAAACUUUGUUUUUAAGUUGUUUUUUUAAGUGCAUAUUACGUGUUUGUUUUUUUCUUUCAUGUUUUUUUUUUUUUUUUUUUUUUUUAACAAAUGCCUUUUGUGUACCGUUGCCUGUUUCAAGCACCACAUGUACUUAAUUUUAAGAGUCACUGUUUGAAGAAGCAAUCCCACAUCUCUCAGCUUUGGCAGCAUCAAUAUUAACAGGUUGUUGGCCCUGUGAUAUUUGCCAGGAUUCAGUAGUUUAUGCACACUCACACACAGGUUUCUAUAGAGGGUGGUUUACUAGUAACCCCAGUGACUAGAAGUAUUUUAUUUGUUUACUUUAAUCACACUAAACUUUUAACGUCAUUCUCACACUGAAGUGAACGCUUCACCACUAGCUGCAGUAUUUAGGGAAGUCAGAUACUUUAUUUGAAAAUUCACUCAGAACAUGUGGCCUAAGUAUUUUCCUUCAUUAAGCCUUCACAACUUCUGCACAUUUGCUUACCAUCACUACGCCUUGAGAAACUGCAGUGUUGCGAUUGAACUUGCUGUAACAGUGCUGACUCAGACUCUGAGCUGAGAAAAAAAGGAAGAAGCGGCUCUUCUCUCUGCCUUGAGGGACAGUUCUCAACAACCACUGGUGCAGGCUUGAACAGCCUCUCUCUGUCACAAGAAAUCAUGAAAUCAGUGUUUUUUGUUUGUUUGUUUUUUCGGGGGCUGCUUCCUCCCACCGGAGGACUCUAAUACACAGCUGCUGCAUCACAGCAAGUGUUCUUUGAAACCAUUUCUUUCCCUGAACACCAUGCGCUGACCGACUCAUGAGUUAUCCUCUGUAGUGUGGUGUACUGUAUGCAGUUUUGCUGUCGAACGGAUGAGUUUGUACUUGUUUAAUUUAGUGGAGUGCUUGCUAGUGGUGUUUCAUGUCCUGUGGCGUGUGUGGAGAUGUGUGUAUGUGCUGUGAGAGCGGGGCUGCUAUCAGCCACAUGUUUUUCAAUACUUUUUGUUUUCUUCCCAGAUGAUUAAACUUCUUUCCAUUUAUCAUGUAAGCAAUUUAGAUGCAUAGACGUGCCUUCUAUGCAUAUGCCUAUGUGUAUGUGAUAGCUAUUAAAAAAAACAGUGCUCUUUAGUUCCACCGCCAUUCAAGAACCUGUAACACUUAAAUGUGAAUUCUUCAUCUGAACAUCCUGAACAAAAAAGGAAAAAUGGUGAUCGCAAUGCAAACAAACUAUAUUUUUUAACAUGUAUAUUGUACAUGAGUACCUGGUAGAGGAGAAUGUACUUACUAAAACAUAUCUACUUGCCAAUAAGAUAUACUGUAUGUAUAUUCUACAGCUUUCUCUCUGUGACACAGAGGGGCCUCUCACAAAGCUUAAGAGGUUUAUUGUAUGACUUUCAAUGCAGUUAACCAUGUUAACUUCCUCAGUAACAAUAAAUGGCUAGCUCAUGCCUCACUAAAGUGGUGUCCAUUGUCUUAGUCUAUUACAUGGCAGACUUAAACAUUGCAGUAUUUGAGUUUUAUUAUUAUUAUUUUUAUUUUGCUCCUUGGCUUUGACCGUCAGUAACUGUACUGUAUACAACUGGUUCAGGAAGUAAUCUUUAAAAGCAGGUGACUGAUACAAUUAACUUUAAUUUUUCAAUAAAUGCUGAAUGAAAUCUAUGAAAAAGACAUGUUUGGGCUUUUCUGUGCUGGGAAAUGUCACUCAAACUUAGAAGUACUUUUGUUCUGCGUAUUGAUACGAAGUGUAUGUAAAUCAUAUGGACUAAAUUAUUCAGUGUUGUCUCAUUGAAACUGAAACCUUUGCGCUGAAGUAGCAAAAUUAGAAUCUUUGUUUCCAACUGUAGGUGAACUGUCCCUUUAAGAGGAUAUCAUAAGAACUUAUUUAACAUGUUUCUUAUAUUUAAGAUCCUUUUUGUUUUGUAAUUCGAUUAUGUAGGUAUGAUUACAUUAAACUCAACUGGAAACCCUAAAGCA